GAGAAGGUGGCGCAGCUACAGCUGCUGGUGUUGGUGGUGGUGGGGAGGGAAAGAAGAGAGCUUCUGAGUCGACAUGAACUGCCGGAAAGGUGAAGGAGACGCGACGAAUGACUGAGUCAGUGAAUGACGGCAGGGAGGAGCGAAUGCAAGCCUGCAGGAAGGGCGCCAAUCCCAGCGACCGGCCCGUCCGAGAGUGUGUGUCUGUCCCGCCGGGAUUACACGACCGAUAAUCGCAUCUGAGGGAUUGUUUGAAUAACCUGUUCCGGAUCGCCUCCGGCGCGGAGUUGUGGCAGGAGAAGAGAGGCCCCGAGCUCAGAUCUACGACGAUCUUUUGGACUUUGCUCGAUUGCGGUGGUAGGAACGGAGACCGGCGGCCGGGAGGGCCGGGGAUGGCGGAGAAUUCGCGCGGGGAUGGCAAUUUCGUCGACGAGGAAUGAUGGGAUUUAUUAACAAGUAGAUGAGAGAGUGAGUGAGUUGAAAUAAUGAGUAGUUUGAUCGAGUGGAGUAUGGAUGGAUGAUUACAUUUGUUGCUGCGGUUUUUCGACACAAUGCAGCGUGUGCCGCCUGCGGUUUGUGAUGCUGACUUGCCGCCUUCAAGUGACAUCAUUUCUGAAUCAACAGCGACUGCUAGACUUAAUUGCCGGAUGCCAACUCCCGGCCUCAUCGCUCGCCGUCGUGGUCACUCGUAUCGUCUCGAUCCGAUAAAGAUAUGGAAAACAGACACUCAUGCGGAUGUUGAGCGCGGCUCAUCGGGAAUGGGGAGCGAUAUCGAGGAGGAAACCUUCUCCAUCUAUGGGAAGCCGGCUCCCCUGUACAGCAAGGACUCCUCGUCGAUUUACAAAGAUGACGCCAGUCUCGUGUAUCCCGAUGCGUCGCUCGGCUCGGACGUGCUUUCAAAUUUGAAAGCCGCCCGCAUAGAUAAAUUCUUAUGGAUUCGAAAGCUCCUGAUUCUGGCCAUCAUCUUCAGUGUCUCCUUCUCCAUGAUCUUCGCCCUCUUCAUGUCCUUACCGAAAAUACACCGGCCGGACGAGGGUCUCGAGGCGGGAAGAGCAGGCAGACUGGAAGGUGGCAGAGAUGUGUCGGUCGAAAGGUUGGGUAUCGAGGCGGUCGAUCACAAUCCUCAACUUUUGUUCAAGUUCCCAAAAAACAUGGGCGAAUUGAGAGUGAUUAGGGGAGCUCUUGAAGUUUAUCAGAAAGAGCAUCGGAGACAGGUUCAAGUAGGAAUUGUAUGUCUCUACCUUUUUCUUCAGACCUUCAUGAUCCCGGGUUCCAUUUUCAUCAACAUUUUGGCCGGAUCGCUCUACGGAUUCUACGAAGCAUUGCUGCUCGUCUUGAUACUCGCUGGAGCUGGCUCGUCGCUUUGUUACUGUCUUUCCAAUUUCAUCUUGAAAGAAAUUGUGUAUUAUUAUUUUCCCGACCGUUGCGAGUGGCUGGCAAGAGAAGUUCACCGCCAUCGCCACAACCUGUUAAACUAUAUGCUAUUCUUACGAAUUACUCCUAUACUGCCCAACUGGUUCAUCAAUGUAUCGUCUCCACUUGUUGGUGUCCCUUACAGGGAUUUCGUGAUAGGUACAACCGUGGGUCUAAUUCCUGCCAGUGUCGUCGGUGUGAAGGCUGGCGGCAUUUUGUCAACAAUUAAUUCUUUAGGUGAUUUGUAUGAUUUUUGGACCAUCGCAACGUUUUCAUUCAUAGCCGUUCUGGUUUUGCUACCCGUCGUCAUAAAGAGUCGUUAUGAUCGUCGGGGUCCAACCCUCAUCAAGACUAUCUAACGAAAGCAUUCUUGACGGCACCGAAGGGUUUUGUUGGUGACAAAUGUACAUUUAAGGACAAUUGAAGCUUUACAGAUUUAUGUGAAGUUGCCUUCCAUCUUUCCAAGGACGAUGUAACUCAAGUCCGAUUCAUUUACCAAAAGAAGUUUCUUCCGACAAAGAGCUAGUCGAGUUUCCACGGUCGUAGUAGCUCAUAGGUAGGCGAGAGGCGAAGAUUGCCGUCAGGCAUUUGAGGUUUCACAGAACAUACAUAGUCUACCCUCUUCUGAGAGUUGAGAGGGUAGCACAACAGAAAGGUUUUCUUUUAGAAUUGUCAAAACGGGGAACAAAUAGUGGAUUAACUGAAAAUGAGAUCUAAGCUUUCAUGAAGGUUUUCCAUCUGGGCCAGUUAAGUGCAGUCAUCUUAACCCCUGGAGUUCCACUUUGAUAUCCUUAGCUUACGGUGACGUAAAAAUUGAUGGGAGAUCUUUUGGUCACAACCGUUAUGUCUGAUUAUCGCGUACAUUAGUCAAUUUUUUGUGGGAGGUGCGAUUACUACGUGGUGCGAGAAUCAACUGUGUUCAUAAAAGGAUGGAUCAGAUAAUCCUCUGAUGUGUCCUCUUACGAGCCUUGUUUUUAUCAAUGAAUCAGUAAAUCGUCAAGUGUGACUGGUGGAGCAUUGUUCC